UGUGUGGCUUUUCAUUUGGGAUGAAAAGUAGAGUUCACAGAGAGAAAUCAGUGGGUAUGUUAAAAAACAUGAAGGUCCACUGAAAAGUGUUUAACUUUAUUGGAGUAAGACUACUGGAGACGGAAAGAGCCUUUUUCUAAUAUCUUUUGGUCGAAAAAUAUUAAUUGAGCUGAUGAUGAUGGCCGAUGCCAGUGAGAUGUUGGCAGCAGCCUUGGAGCAAAUGGACGGGAUCAUAGCAGGCUCCAAGGCCAUGGACUACUCCAACGGGCUGUUUGACUGCCAGUCACCCUCUUCACCUUUCCUAGGUGGCAUUCGGGUGCUACAUCUCCUUGAGGACCUGCGGGCAGCGCUAGAGCUGAUGGACAACGAGGAGAGGAGUAACCUGCGAUGUCAGAUUCCUGAUUCCACUGCGGAGGGCCUGGCAGAGUGGCUGCAGGGACGAAUGACCAACGACCACGGCUCAGAAGCAGUCUACCAAGAACGUCUGUCACGUCUGGAGAGUGACAAAGAGUGCCUCAUUCUUCAGGUAAGUGUUCUGACAGACCAGGUGGAAGUGCAAGGUGAAAAGAUUCGGGACCUAGACACUUGUCUUGAGCAGCAUCGGCAGAAACUAAAUUCGACUGAGGAGCUGCUUCAGCAGGAGCUAGUGAACAGGACGGCAUUGGAGACCCAGAAGCUCGAGCUAAUGACCGAGGUGUCCAGUCUGAAGCUGAAGCUGACGGCUGUGGAAAGAGAUCACCAGGACAGUGAGGGCUUGUACCAGGAACUAACGGACCUGCGGUACAGAGUGACCGACAUGGAGAAUGAAAGACUGCAGUGUGAGAAGAAGCUCCAAGUUACUAAAUGGAACACUGAGCAGUUCACUGGAGCUGAGGAGGACCUGCAGCUUCUGCAGAGGCAGCUGGAAGAGCGAGAGGGAGAGCUGAGAAGGAUGAAGGAUGAGAGACUGAGGGCGGAGAGCCACGACAUAGUGGAAGGAGGGGAGAGAGAGACAGAAAUGUUGAAAAUGAAGAGGGUGUUGGAGACACUGAUGUCCUCUAAUGAUGAGAAGGAGAGAAGGAUAAAAGAGCUGGAGGAGUCGCUUACAAAGUGCCAGAAGGUUCACGAGCCAGUCAAAGGCAAGCUGAAGGAAGAUGACUAUGACCAUAUCCUAGAUGAUCCCCCAGUUCCUGUAGCUGUGGAGGUGGAUCAGGUCACCCUGGUGCUGGAGGGAGAGGCAGGAAGGAGCUCUGGUGAGUCUACUCCAUGUAUUGCAGUGCUCUCUGAAAUGAAUGAACUGGACAGAGAACAACAGUCACAGGCAGCAGAAAGCUCCUUAGAUGUCCCACAGCCGAGCAGCACCAACCAGGCCAGAAAUCAACCAGGACCUGGCUCGUCUUCUCCUACUAAAGCAAACACAACCAGUGAUGAAACUUUUGGUACCAAGAAGGCCCGCUCUUCUUUUGGCCGUGGUUUCUUCAAGCUGCGUGGAGGCAGGCAGACGGCCAGUUCCCCAAACUUGGCUGAGACAGAACGUAAAGGCACAGAUCACCUGGACUUGGCUGGUGUUCCUCCACAGAAAUCCCGCGAUGUCGUGCCUUCACCAGAGACCAAAAAGAAGUCCAAAGGCUUUAAGAAAUUCUUUGGCAGGCUGAAGAGGAGUCAUUCUACCUCCUUCAAUCUCGACGAUGCAGCUGAGGUGGAGUUCAGAAGAGGCGGAGUCAGAGCCACGGCCGGCCCUCGACUCGGCUGGUCACACGAGUCGAAACACAAUGCUGAUGAUGUUCCUUUCUCACGGUGGGGUAAGGAUGAUGUCUGUGCAUGGCUGCAUGAGCAGGGCCUCGGGCUGUAUGUUGCUCAGGGCCAGAGCUGGAUCAAAUCAGGACAAACGUUAGUGCGGGCGUCGCAGCAUGAUCUGGAGAAGGAGUUGGGCAUGAAGCAGCCUCUCCACAGGAAGAAGCUGCAGCUGGCACUGCAGGCUCUCGGCUCAGGAGAGGACGACCUUCAGGGCAAACUGGACCACAACUGGGUGACCAGAUGGCUGGAUGACAUCGGCCUCCCACAGUACAAAAGUCACUUUGAUGAGGCUCGUGUUGAUGGGCGCAUGCUGCACUUCAUGACUGUGGAGGACUUGCUGUCUCUGAAGGUGGGCAGUGUUCUCCAUCAUCUCAGCAUUAAGAGGGCCAUUCAGGUCCUCCGCCUCAACUCCUAUGAGCCCAGCUGUCUUAGGCGACGGCCCUCUGAUGAGAACAACGUGAAGCCAGCAGAGAUCUGCCAGUGGACCAACCACAGAGUGAUGGAGUGGCUCAGAUCUGUGGAUUUGGCUGAAUAUGCCCCAAAUCUGAGAGGCAGCGGUGUUCAUGGAGGACUGAUGGUGUUGGAGCCUCGGUUCAACGUCGAAGUGCUCGCCCUUCUGCUCAACAUUCCUCCCAGCAAAACCCUGCUGAGACGCCACCUGGCCACACACUUCCACCUGCUCAUCGGCUCCAAGGCUCAGCGGCUCAAACAGGACUGCCUGGAAAACCCUGACUACACGGUCCUCACUGCCACCGCCAGGGUCAAGCCCCGACGCCUGUCAUUUGGCAGCUUUGGCACUCUGAGGAAGAAACGUCAGGGUGACGGCGAGGAGUACGUCUGCCCCAUGAAUGUGGAAAUGCCCAAGAGCAGCAGCUUCCAGGGAGGGGUCCAGAUGUUAGGGGAUAACCUGGAGCAGAUGGACGACUCUGAAGGGACUGUCAGGCAGAUUGGCGCAUUUUCAGAGGAAAUCAACAAUCUGACGAGCAUGCUGAAGGACGAGCAGUUUAGUCGGGAGGUAGUUGUCUGUCCUCUGGAGGUUGAUGCAGCAGAACCCUGUGACAACUCCAUCUGACCCAGAGGCUGAUCCUCAUGAACAGACUGUGCCAACACAAAUCCUUCAACCAGAACAUGUGAGACCUCUGCUAGUGCAGUAUUUUCAUCAGUCAGAAACACAACCAGAGCUUUGAACAGAUCUAUUUAUUGAAGCUGUGCUAAAUGUAAGGCAUGAAGUG